AUGCAUCCAGAUGAUGAAGAUAAGACAACAUUCUACACGAAUGAUGGAAUCUAUUGUUACAGAAAAAUGCCUUUCGGGUUGAAAAACGUUGGGGCUACAUAUCAAAGACUGGUUGACAAAGCCUUCGGAAGACAAAUAGGCCGCAAUCUUGAAGCUUAUGUAGACGACGUGGUUAUCAAAAGUCGCAAUGAAGAAGAUAUGUUAGUAGACAUAGAGGAAACUUUCAAAACCCUCCUCAAGAUAAACAUAAAGUUGAACCCCAAGAAGUGUUCAUUUGGGGUAGAAGAAGGCCAAUUCCUAGGGCACGUGAUAACAAGAGAAGGGUUUAAAGCAGAUCCAGAGAAGAUAAAAGACAUACACAGCAUGAAGGCACCAAGAACUCUCAAAGAAAUCCAAAGCCUCAACGGCAAGCUAGCAGCCCUACACAGAUUUCUAUCCAAGUCAGCAGAACGAUCGCUCCCAUUUUUCAAGACUUUGAAAGGCUGCUUAGACAAGCAGAAUUUCAAAUGGACCGGAGAAGCAGAAAAGGCAUUCAGUGAACUUAAAGAAUACUUAACGCAUUUACCGGUGAUGGUAGCCCCCAUUAAGGGAGAAGUUUUGCAAGUCUACCUGGCAGCCUCAGAAGAAACCAUUAGUGCAGUCCUAACAGCGGAGAGAAAGGGAGGGCAAGUGCCUAUAUACUUUGUGAGUAGAGUGCUCCAAAGUCCAGAAACAAGAUACCCAGAAAUUGAAAAGUUGGCCCUGGCAUUAAUCCAUGCUGCUAGGAGGCUCCGGCGCUACUUUCAGGCCCACCCAAUCCAGGUCCUCACAGACAAGCCGAUAAAGCAAGUGCUUACUAGGCCAGAAGUAUUCGGGCGAUUGGCCAAAUGGGCUAUCAAACUAAGGGAGCAUGAGAUAGAAUUUCGCCCAAGGAAUGCCAUCAAAGGACAGGUACUGGCAGAUUUCCUAGCAGAGACACCAAGUAAAGAGCCUACUCAAAAAAGGAAGACCCCGACAAAAGAAGUGUAUGAGGAGCCUAUGGAGCCAGAAACAUGGAAAUUGUAUACGGAUGGAGCCUCCAGUGCCGAUGCCUCCGGAGCUGGAUUGAUACUUACUAAUCCAGAAGGCCAAGAAUUCACAUAUGCCCUUCGGUUCAACUUCAAGGCAACCAAUAAUGUCUCAGAGUAUGAAGCCCUACUGGCAGGACUCCAGAUAGCCCAAAAAAUGAAGGUGAAGCACAUACACGCUUUUGUGGACUCACAGAUAGUGGCUUUUCAAGUAGAUGGAACUUAUGAGGCAAAAGAGCCGGUUAUGAAAAAAUAUCUUGAGAAAGUAAGGCAGAUUAGACAACAAUUUCUCUCUUUUCAGAUUCAGAAUAUCAGUAGGAGCAAGAACAAGAUAGCAGACGCCCUAAGCAAAUUGGCAUCUACAUCGUUUGCUCACCUUACCAAGAAAGUGUUGGUAGAAACCUUAGAGAGAAGUUCGAUUGAAGAAAGUCCGACUGUAGCCCCGAUAGAAGAAGACGACCCUACAUGGAUGACACCAAUUAUCGAUUAUCUCACCAAUGGAACACUUCCCGCUGAUAGAGACCAAGCAAGGAAAAUCAGAGUCAAGGCUCCACAAUAUGUACUCGAGGAAGAAGGCUUAUACAAGAAAUCAUACUUGGGUCCUCUACUUCGAUGUGUAGGACCAAGGCAAGCUAAGGAAGUUAUUCGAGAAAUACAUUAUGGAGCAUGUGGUCUCCACUCUGGUCCAAGAACUGUUGUAGCCAAAAUCACAAGAAUGGGAUACUAUUGGCCCUCAAUGCAUAGAGACGCUGAAGAAGAGAUAAGAAUAUGUGAUUCGUGUCAAAUACAUUCCUCAGUAAAGAAGGCUCCCAAGAAUGAUCUAAUACCUGUAACUGCAGGCCUUUCAUCAAAUGGGGAAUCGAUAUUGUGGGACCAUUCCCAACAGCCCCAGGUAGACUCAAGUUCCUAG